CAAGGUAUAGUUUAGAACACGUGCGCUGAACCCACGGCGGCCAUUGUCGCAUGUAAGAUCGUACAAAAAAAAAUAAAACUCAUAAUUAAUUUCUAAUAAAUAAGUUAAGUAAUUGUAACAUAGUUUUAAUAUAUAAUUUAUACACAUAUAUAUCUCAACAAUGACAACAAUGCUGAGGUACGUGAGACACCUGAGAAAACUGAACGAAAUCGGUUGGAGAGUCGCUAUUCACCAGUCGAAUUUAGAACUUACCGGUAUCAAGGGACAAGUAAAUCAGCUAGCGAACUUAUCUAGGAGUUAUGCAACAAAUUCUAUGCCGAAACUGGCAACGGCAAAUUACAACGAUAGGGGAUUUUUGAACCUGGAGAACCAGUUGAGAAAAACAGGACGAAUUUUCUCUGGAGAUCUCAAGCAGUUGCUGUCAGAAGUCCAGAUGAUGAGAACGGUGUCGGGUCUCGACGCGCUUCUGCUAAUAAGGAGCUGCGGGAAACCGCUGCUUGAUGCCGAUCCCAAGGAGAGCAUUCAGCUGGUACAGGAAGUGUGGAAAACACUAGAGCGUAUGAAGGUCAGGAUGGACGUGUCUCACUACAACGCUCUGCUCAAUGUCUAUUUGGAGAAAGACCACGAGUUCUCACCGGCUGAGUUCCUGGCAACGAUGGCUGACAAAUCUAUCGAACCAAACCGCGUUACUCUUCAACGACUGAUUGCCGCUUACUGCAAGCAGGGUGACAUCGCGGGAGCGACUAAAAUCUUGGAACAAAUGAAAGCAAAAGGUCUGCCGCUAUCUGAGGACAUUUUCAAUUCACUUAUCGUCGGACACAGUCAAGCCAACGACCUGGAGAGCGCAGUGAACACCUUGAAGAUGAUCGAAAACGCUGGGAUCAGUCCAUCUGCUGACACUUACACGGCUUUGAUGUGCGCUUAUGCUAAACGGGGUGACAUGGACUCUAUCAACGCGCUUUUUGAUAAAACAACAAAAGCUGAACUGACUCUUCUGGAGAAUCAUUACCUGGAGAUCGUCUACGCACUGGCAGCCAACGGCCACGUCACUCAAGCCGAAGAAUUCGCGGGCAAGUUGCCCAAUGAAGUCCACUCGGACACUGAAAUUUCACGCCUGCUGAUCAAGCUCGCCAACUUGAACCAACUGGAACUGGCUCUGAGGCUGCUCAAGUCAACGGCAUCAGACCCUCUGAGGCACAGAAUCCGCGGGUCACUUCUUAUCAGGUCACUAGUUAAAUCUGGCGCCCCAGCAAAGGAUCUCAUACGAGCGUGCGAGUACAUGACCAAUGAUCUUGCCAACGACCGAGCUUUUUCAUUUGCCGGCUACUGCUGCUUGUCAGAAAAAGUUGAUCCCAAUGUCACACUCGAGUUAUUCAGAGCUUGGUCGAAAUCUGGCGGUUCCAUUCGCGAGCAUUUCUUCUGGCCGAUGCUUAUGUCCCGCGGUAAAGCCCUCAAUGUUGAUGGAAUGCUAGACGUACUGAGAUGCAUGAUGAACGAGUUCAAAAUCACUCCUUCGUUGGACACUAUCAGAGAUUACGUGAUUCCGAACAUGGUCGGCAAGUGGGAAUACAUCAUCGACAAGCUUUCAGAAGUUAACCUCCCGCGAAACGAAAUUCUGAUAGCGAUCGUUGACCGGAUGAUCGUCGAAAGGAAGCUGAAGAGCGCUGCGUCGGUGAUAAACUCAUUUCCGAUGGACUACCCGAAGGAUUUGUUGAUAAAUCAUUUGGUGAACAGUCUCAAUGAUAAGAUUGACUUCAAAGCGUUCAUCGUCGUCUUGAGGCUUCUGUCAGGCAGCUCCGAGUCCUCGACUUCUGACAGCAUGAAAUCGAUAGUUGACUCUUGUCUUCGCGAACUGGUGAACAACAAGUCACCCUACCAAGCUGACCUGGUCGCUAAUCUUCUUAAUAAAAUGGUAGAAGCGGGUCUCAGCGCGUCCCCAGAAGUUGGAGCCGAAGUCGUCAACCACUUUGGUAAUCAGGUGAGGGAACCCAUCAGCUCACUGACAUCAGGCACCCGCACUGACGUUCCUCUGGCUGAGUACAACCCGCGUUCCUAUCAAACAUUCCAAGGCAACAUUGCAGUCAGCAAACAGUUGAUGGAACUGAGGCGAUCAUUUACUGACCACAUUGAUAAUCAUGACUGCGAAGCCAUCGCUCAGUCUUUGAAGCAGCUGGAGAGUGCCGGGUUUUUGUCGGCGCCUGUUCUGGCCCAGGCUAUCAGCGUCUUCUGCGAGCAAGAAGACAUGGAAUCCGCAGAAAAAUGUAUUAAAAAAUUCAACGAAAACUUUCCAGAUGCUACGUUGGACUUGAGGAAGAUACUCAAGUUCGCAGAGCUGCUUGUCAAGAAGGAUCGAUUCGACGAGGCGAUUAAAUUUUUAUCUGAACAGCGCGCUGAGGAAAAAAACGAGAAACAAACACGUGGAGUUGAAAUGUCCCAGCGAUCGCUACUUGACUCCGUCGCGGCAACUAAAAAUGUCGAGCAGACUGAGAAAAUGUUCGAGUUGCUGAAGUCUAAGAACUAUAUUGAGGUAGACAAUUGGACGUUGGGACCGCUUGUGAAGGUCCAUCUUCUCCGCGAUGACCUUCCCAAAGCCCUUGAGAUCUUCGAGCGCGCUUGCGUCGACCACAAAUGCACGCCGUUCAAAAACAGACUCUCAAUUGCCUUCAUCGAGGCUGAAGACGCCAACAGUCUGCAGAAACUUACAGAUCUCUGUACGGAAAUUCACGGUGAGAGUAAUGCACUUGUUGAUCUUGCAUUUGCAUUCUUGGACUGCGACAAAGUGAGACAAGCGCGUAAAAUUUUUGAAACUCCCGGUCUACAAGUUUUCAAUUCGAAAAUAACGAGUGGAAUUGAACAUUUCCAGAGAUACGGCAGACCCAAAGGUCUUGAGGAGAUGGUUAAAAUAACAAAAGGUGUCGAGCGCAUGGAUCGCGCCCACAUGUACGAAAGUUUGCUGGAUGCGUACGUAAAGACGAACGACUGGCAGCGCGGGCUCUCCCUUUGGACUGAAAUCCAGGAUGACGAUAUCCAGCCCACCUCGAAAUUCCUUGAGAAAUUGAGCAAACUGUUGAAGAGCAACAACCAGCCGAUACCAUUCGCCUACGACGACAUGGUUGGAACCCAAAGAAAGAGGACAAUCAGGUUGUUGUCUACUUCUAAACCUGUUCAUAUCGGACCUUUUGAGACAGCACUAAAAGCAAAGAACUACGACGAAGCUGAACGACUAAUUUCCCAGGAAUCAUUCAAACGAGUGGCGGUCGGAAAGUACGGGCGGCUGAUCAAAACAGUUCUUGAUGACAAUCAGCUUGACAAGGCAACGGAAAUGGCGGGAAAAUUGAUUAGUAAUUAUGCUGCUAUUCCAAUAACAGUUUUCACUGAACUGGGACAGAAGUUGGCUGAAGCUAAACGUCUUGAUGACAUUGUAAAGUUGGGGAAUCUUAUGGAUGACUCGAUGAAAGACAAAGUUAGAUACGAAAAAAUACUUUGCACGGCGAUCAUUGAAACCAAAGGCCUGAGGGAAUUUAUGAAGUCGAUUAAGAUCGAAGAUGCUCCGACUGAUGAUAACGUCAGAGCUAUUGAGAAGAAAAUCCACUUCGGGUCCAUAGUCCACAGCCUUAUCAAAGACCCCAGCUGCUUGGAAGAGUUCGAAUCCUGGGCUGAGAAACUCGACAAAAUUGGAGUAAAACGCGGGAUGCAGGCGCUCUGGAACUACUACUACAUCACCGGAAAUCCUAAAGCAGACUCGCUGUGGAAUGACUACAUGAAGAGCGUUCCUUCGCCGCUGAUCAGGCCUGUGAUUGAUUACGCCCAGAAAAAGAGGGAUGUCAAGUUGAUCGAAACGCUUAUGAACAAACUCAGAGAGCACCCGACUCUGACGAUUAAUAAGUCUGGAGUAUUGAUGUCUGGUGUAAUGGAAUGUUACAAUUUACUUGGUCGUUAUGAUGAAUCGCUGGGUAUUCUUCAUGAAGCAACAAAACGUUAUCGUGUUAAUGUUAUACCAGAUAAAAUUUUACUAGACUUAAAGCAGGGCAUUGAACGUUCUGGUAGAACGUUUCCAUAUUCAUUUCAAACCCAAGAUGACGAAUCCACAGAAGAAGACGAUGACGAGCCAGAGAAAGUUAAAUUUGGAUCAUCAAAAUUUUAAAAUUAGUUACGUAGUAUAAAUUUUAAGUAUUUCAUAUAUAAAUAAAUUAAUUAUAUUAUACUAAUCAUACAUUUAAAUUCAUCGCUGUAAUAAAACUUUUAUUUGUAUACAAUACAUGAAUUAUCUCCAGGAUAAUAAAACUUCUGUAUAAAAU